UGACCCAACGUGUCAACAGACUCAGACAGCAUGAGAGGACACGGAUUCUGGGAUGCUGGAUUUAAAAAAUUAGGAUUUACUGAGAGAAUUUGAUUAAAGUUGCUUGUUUGUACUGCCGAACACACCUGGAUAGAUCAUUGUUAAAUUAUUCAGCCACUGACAGAAUCAUGUUUCGACAAACGAAGGCGCUGCUCCAGAAACUUCGAUAUGUGAGUUUUAACGGACAUCAGAGUACAUGGCGUUUAAAGAGUACCUCAGCAGUAGAGAGAGCCUCUCAGUACCAACCAGGACAGAAAAUCCACGGCUUCAUAGUCAAAGAGGUUGUUGCAGUCCCUGACUUGUUCCUGACCGCAGUAAAGUUGACCCACGACAAAACUGGUGCCCAGUACCUCCAUGCAGCCAGAGAUGACUCUAAUAACCUCUUUAGUGUCCAGUUCAGAACGACCCCUAUGGACAGCACGGGGGUCCCACACAUCCUGGAGCACACGGUGCUGUGUGGAUCUGAGAAGUACCCCUGCAGAGACCCUUUCUUUAAGAUGCUGAACAGGUCUCUAUCUACCUUCAUGAACGCUUUUACAGCCAGCGACUACACCAUGUAUCCGUUCUCAACCCAAAAUGGAAAAGAUUUCCAGAAUCUCCUCUCAGUCUACCUCGAUGCAGUUUUCUUCCCUUGUUUACGGGAGCAGGAUUUCUGGCAGGAGGGCUGGAGGCUAGAGAAUGAAAACCCCACAGAUCCAAACUCUCCUCUGGUGUUUAAAGGAGUGGUCUUCAAUGAAAUGAAGGGAGCGUUUUCGGACAACGAGCGUGUGUACGCCCAGCACCUCCAGAAUAAGCUGUAUCCGGAUCAUACCUACUCUGUGGUGUCAGGAGGAGAACCUCUAGCCAUCCCUGACCUCACCUGGGAGCAACUCAAGCAAUUCCACGCCACACAUUACCACCCCAGCAAUGCCAGGUUCUUCACGUAUGGCGAUCUGCCUUUGGAGCAGCAUCUGAAGCAGAUUGAAGAAGAAGCUCUGUCCAAGUUUCAACGUAUUGACCCGAACACGGAGGUCCCGUCCCAGCCCCACUGGAGCAGCCCUAGAGAGGAUCAUGUGACCUGCAGUCCUGAUGCUCUGGCUCCAGAUCCAGCCCGGCAGAACACACUGUGCAUGAGCUACCUACUGGGAGAUAUCACUGACACAUUUGAAGGAUUCACUCUCAGCCUGCUGUCGUCUUUAAUGAUCUCUGGACCAAACGCUCCUUUUUAUAAAUCUCUCAUCGAACCCAAGAUAGGGACCGACUUCUCCUCUGUUGUAGGAUACGAUGGCAGCACCAAAGAGGCAUCGUUCAGCAUAGGACUGCAGGGCAUGGCUGAGGAGGACACGGAGCGGGUGAAGCAAAUCAUCAGCCAAACCAUCGAUGACAUUAUAGAAUCUGGCUUUGAGGAGGAAAGAAUCGAGGCUCUCCUGCAUAAAAUUGAGAUCCAGAUGAAGCACCAGUCAACAAACUUCGGCCUGUCUCUGGCCUCGUACAUCGCAUCAUCAUGGAACCACGAUGGCGACCCGGUGGAGCUGCUGCAGAUCAACAACAGCGUUACGAAGUUCAAAAAAGCCCUGAAAGAAAACCCUCGCUUCCUCCAGGACAAAGUCAAACACUACUUUAAGGAGAACACCCACAGACUGACCCUGUCCAUGAGCCCAGAUGGGUCCUACUUAGAGAAACAGGCCAAAGCCGAGGAGGAGAAGCUCCAGAGAAAGAUCCAGGCUCUGUCUGAGAGUGAUAAAAAGGAGAUCUAUGAAAAAGGUCUGAACCUGCUGGAAGCUCAGAGUAAAACCCAGGAUGCCUCCUGUUUACCUGCUCUCAAAGUGUCCGACAUUGAGCCCACGAUACCGGUCACUCCAGUUCAGAUCAGCACUGCAGUGGGUGUCCCGGUCCAGUACUGUGAACAGCCCACUAAUGGCCUGGUUUACUUCAGAGCCAUGUGCAGUCUAAAUACACUGCCAGAGGACCUUCGGCUUUAUGUCCCACUUUUCUGCAGCGUCAUCACCAAGUUGGGCUGUGGAGCUCUGGACUACAGACAGCAGGCCCAGCAGAAAGAGCUGAGGACGGGGGGUAUGUCCAUCUCCACACAGGUCAUUCCUGACUCCACCCAGCUGGACAUGUACGAACAGGCUGUGCUUUUGUCCUCAUCCUGCCUGGAGAGAAAUCUUCCUCACAUGUUUCAGCUGUGGAGCGACAUCUUCAACAAUCCUCAUUUAGACGAGGAGGAGCGCCUGAGAGUGCUGGUCAUGAUGUCAGCACAGGAACUGGCCAAUGGAAUCGCUUACUCAGGUCACAUGUACGCUAUGACCCGUGCAUGCCGUCACCUGACUCCUGCCGGAGAACUUGCAGAGGCGUUUGGUGGGAUGGAGCAGGUGAAGUUUAUGAAGAGGGUGGCUGAGACGUCCGACCUCAGCCAAGUCAUCCGAACACUCGCCAGGAUCAAAAAGCAUCUUCUCAACCCCGACAACAUGAGGUGUGCGAUCAAUGCAACGCCACAGAAAAUGUCAGACACAGCAGCACAGCUGGAGAGUUUCAUGAAGGACGUCUCUGAAAACAGGAAGGAGAGAAAACCAGUCAGGACGAAUAUUAUCGAGAGGCCUCUAGACCCGACGGACGACUCAGGACUGAGUCGGAAACUCAUCUCUGAGCUGAACUUCCAGCCGUGUCAGAUGAAGACUUUCUUCCAGAUGCCUUUCCCCGUGAACUUCGUCAGUGAGAGUAUUCGUACAGUACCUUUCUCCCAUCAGGACUACGCCAGUUUGUGCAUCUUGGCGAGGAUGAUGACGGCUAAAUUUCUUCAUGGAGAGAUUCGAGAGAAAGGAGGAGCCUAUGGAGGCGGAGCCAGGAUGGGAGGAGGUCUUUUCUCCUUUUAUUCAUACAGGGAUCCAAACUCGAUGCAGACCUUGUCUGCGUUUCGUCGAGGGGUUGACUGGGCAAAGUCAGGCCAGUUCACCCAGCAGGACAUCGAUGAGGCCAAACUGUCCGUCUUCUCAGCUGUGGACUCACCUGUGGCCCCCUCAGAUAAAGGAAUGGGUCGUUUCCUCAGUGGAGUCACUGAUGAAAUGAAGCAGAAUCACAGAGAGCGCCUCUUUGCUGUCACUCACAAAAACCUGGUGGAUGUGGCUGAAAGGUACCUCGGUGUGGGUCAGAGGACGUGUGGCGUUGCUAUCUUGGGUCCAGAGAAUGAGGCGAUUAAAAAAGAUCCAUCAUGGAUUGUAAAAUAAUCCAAUCAGUUGGUAUUUAUGAUUUAAACUUGACAGAACUACUCCUGUGUCACAGCAGAACAAAACCUUUUCCGUUAAUACAACCAAGAUGAAGUCUGUGUUAGGGUUUUAAAACAGUGUCAUAAAGCUGAAGCGCACAAAACCAAGAGGACUGAGAAUGUGUUACUACAUUAGCCAUGAUACAGUUGUUCAGACAUUUCCUCUCUGUAUAUAUUAAAUUAAAUACAUUAUCAGGUUGGAGUACAA